CGAGCAGCAGCUGGGAGAGGAGACAGACUGCGUAAAGAGAAGCAAAGAGAGAGAAACUGGCAGAGUUUCUCGUCCAUCGAUGGGGUUUCUCACGGCAGCAGAGGAGGAGAACUGACGGAGAGAAAUCCGCUCAAAAUGGCUAAAAACCAAGAAGUGGAGUACAUUGCUAAAAAGCUGGAUAAAAUGGUGCACAAGAAGAACACGGACGGAGCUCUCGACCUGCUGAGGGAACUGAAGAACAUCAAGAUGUCUCUAGAGACGCUGCAGUCCACCAGAGUGGGGAUGUCUGUGAACGCGGUGAGGAAACACAGUUCAGAGGAAGAGGUUCAGACUCUGGCCAAAGUUCUCAUCAAGUCCUGGAAGAAACUGCUGGACGGUGCAGAGGGGAAGCCGGAGGAGAAGGAGAAGAAGAAUGAAGACUCUCCUGUGAGGUCAUCCUCCACCUCCAAGGGCUCUGACAGCACUGAGAAAAGGUCUGUCGCACACUGAUGACAUCACUUUUGGUUACAUUUACUCUUAAAUUGUGUUUCUCUCAUUUUUCUACGAUACUGUUA